AUGGCAGAACAUAGCAAACCUAAGAGUAGUAUAGAAAAAGCUAUUCCAAAAGACAUUAUUUUUCAUGCUAGGUGCAUUCUUAUUUUAUACAUUCUUCUCUAUUUAUCAUGGCAUGCAAAUGUCAAAUACAGGUUUGUAAGAGUUGUAAUCACAUUGAGCAGUCUGAGUAGUGACUUCGAUAUGUCUGAUCAUAGUAUGUUUGCUAUAAAGUGUGAUUUCUAA